AUGUCAGAUACUCCUUGGCUAGUUCAAAAAUACGGUGGGACAAGUGUAGGCAAAUUUGCCGUAAAGAUUGCAAAAGACAUUGUUUCAACCUAUAUAGAUGACUACAAAGUUGCUAUCGUCUGUUCUGCCCGUUCAGGAUCCACAAAAGCCCUAGGAACGACCAACCUCCUCCUCCGUGCCUCCUCUGAAGCCUUGACCAGGCCCACAAAAUCCAAUGGCAUUUCCGGAGGAGGCGCCAUAACACCCAUCACCCAAAGUAUCCUCAACAUGUCUCUAGGCCACAGUCGCAGCAGCAGCAGCGGGACCGGCUCACCCCAAUCUACAUCUUCCACCUCCGAGCCCGAAUUCUACAAAACAGUCGACCUCCUUCGGGACGAACACAUUUUCGCCGCGCGAUCGUCCAUACGCGACCCCGCAAUCUUACAAGAACUCGAGGAUGAAAUCGAAAGGGACUGUGAAUGGCUCCGGAACUUCUUGUUCGCUGCAAAGAUCAUCGACGAGAUAUCCCCGCGAUCAAGAGACAACAUCGUCGGUCUCGGCGAGAGGCUAGCAUGUAAGAUCAUGACUUGCGUCCUCAAAGACCAGGGCAUCGAUGCAGAAUACAUCUCCCUAGAAGACAUAGUCCCCCCCUCUGCCUCUGACGACCUCGACACCAGCACCAGCACGCUCACCCAAUCUUUCUACAACCACAUCGCUGCCGCCAUGGGCGACCGCAUCUCCCAAUGCACCGCCCGCGUCCCCGUCAUAACCGGCUUCUUCGGCCCCGUCCCGGGCUCCCUCUUGCGCCAAAUAGGCAGGGGAUACACAGACCUCGCCAGUGCCCUUCUCGCCGUAGGUCUCAAUGCCUCUGAGCUGCAGAUCUGGAAAGAGGUGGACGGGAUAUUCACGGCUGACCCUCGUAAAGUGCCCACUGCACGCUUGAUCCCCAUGAUCUCGCCAGACGAAGCGGCAGAGUUGACGUACUAUGGCAGCGAGGUCGUUCAUCCUUUCACUAUGGAGCAGGUCAUCCGACGUAAGAUCCCCAUCAGGAUAAAAAACGUUGAAAACCCCAAAGGAGGGGGUACGGUUAUACAUCCCGAUCCCGAGCUGGUCUUGAAUGGGCUGAAAGGUGUCCGCAAAAGGCUGCCCACAGCAGUGACGAUCAAAGAAAAAAUCAUAGUCCUCAACGUCAACUCAAACAGGAAAAGCGUAAGCCACGGGUUCUUAGCUAGGAUCUUCGGUACACUGGAUCGGUUCGGGGUAGUGGUCGAUUUGAUCAGCACGAGCGAGGUUCACGUGAGUAUGGCCAUCGAGGACGGGUUAGGGAAAAAAGUGCUUGAUCAGUUGGUUGCGGAACUAAGGAAGAGCGGCACGGUCUCCAUCCACCGUGACAUGGCUAUCCUGUCCCUAGUAGGCAAACAGAUGCCGAACAUGGUGGGUAUCGCAGGGAGGAUGUUUCAGACCCUUGCACAAGGGAAUGUCAACAUCGAAAUGAUCAGCCAGGGUGCAAGUGAGAUCAACAUCUCCUGCGUUAUCAAAGCGAGGGAGGCAGUGAAGGCUCUCAACCUCAUUCAUUUGAAUUGUUUGCAAAUAAAACCCGAGGGUGCUAGAGGACGUGGUCAGUCUCUUUUUUUUUUCAGGCCAAACAUUUGCUAA